UCUUGAAGCAGUUGACGAGCGCGUAAGAUAAUGUUUGCCUUUCUCUCUCUUUCUGGCCGGCACGACUAAACAAGUUGAGAGAAGUUCAUCAGCUUGAUCCUCUGCGGUGCUCUUCAACCGAUCUUCUUCUUCGUGGAAACACGGGAAAAACGAGCACGAGCCUUUGAUUGACAAAUGCUCAUAUUUUCUUUAAUUAUCAUUUGCUGUAAUGCCACAGGACACGCGUCUCUGUGGGGCCUACGGUGACUUCGUUUUCUGUGGGGACAGACAGUGGUCAGAGAUCACCAAACAUUGAGAGAAGAUUCCUAUAAUUAGCUCCCCCCUUCAAUGGAAGGGGAAGGUCACAAGAACAAAGAAACAGAGCAUAACCCAAGUCUGCCUUUCAGUUCCGGAUCAAGCGAUUAGUACAGGUUCGAUUUUUUGUAUUAGGGAGAGGGGGAGAGAGGGGGAGAGGGACGAUGGGAACAUUUCUAGGGUUUACGGUCACUACGAUCCUGCUCUUUUGCAUGGCUCAAGGCAAAGUCCUUUAUGAUUUCGUGUUAAAGGAGACACCUAUUGAGAUGUUGUGUGAGACAAAUCGGAGUGUAAUAACUGUGAAUGGUCUAUUUCCUGGGCCAGAGAUCCGUGCUCACAAGGGCGAUACUAUUUACGUUAAUGUCACCAACUUAGGACCUUAUGGAAUCACUAUCCAUUGGCAUGGAGUGAGACAAAUACGAUAUCCUUGGUCUGACGGCCCGGAAUACAUCACACAAUGCCCCAUCCCUACGAACUCAAGCUUCCUUCAAAAAAUCAAGCUCACCGAGGAAGAGGGCACAUUAUGGUGGCACGCUCACAGCGACUGGUCACGUGCCACUAUACAUGGUCCUAUAAUCAUUUUGCCUGUCCACAACACCAACUACCCUUACGAGUUUGACAAGCAACACACAAUCGUGCUCUCUGAAUGGUAUGCGAGAGAUACAAAGGACAUAAUCGAUGAGGCUCUUGAAUCCGGAGGCGAUCCAGACUUGUCUGUGGCCUAUACCAUCAAUGGUCAACCUGGAGAUAGUUAUCCAUGCUCUAAUGAUUCGGUGUACAAUAUAACGGUUGUGCAAGGAAAAACGUAUCUCCUUCGGAUCAUACACGCCGGGUUGAAUGAAGAGAUGUUCUUUUGCAUAGCUAAGCACAAUCUCACUGUGGUCGGAAUGGAUGGAGCUUAUUUAAAGCCGCUUAAUACUAAGUACCUCAUGAUAACUCCCGGUCAAACAAUGGAUGUUUUGGUCACUGCAAACCAAACCAUCGAUCACUACUAUAUGGUUUUCAGUCCGUUUGUGGACUCCAUUGCCCCAUCCAAUGAAAACAUCACAAGGGGGAUAUUCCAAUACAGCGGUAGUAAAAGCUCAGAGACUCCUGCGUUACCCGAGCUUCCAGGUUUUAAAAAUAAGAGUGGUGCUGGAAACUUUACUACUCGAUUGAGGAGUUUGAACAGCGAAGAACAUCUGUCCACAGUUCCAACCAACAUCACGAGAAACAUUACAAUCACGGUGUCCGUGAAUGAGCAGCCAUGUCCUGCUAAUAAAACAUGUGCCGGUACAGACGGUUCUAUGCUUUCAGCAAGCUUGAACAACAUAAGUUUUUUGACUCCCUCAAUUAGCAUUCUCCAAGCAUACUACAACAAUCUUCCAGGAGUCUACAACAAAACUUUUCCGAAUGAACCACCUUUCGUGUUCGACUACACCGGGAAUGUUUCAGCCUUAGGGGAAGCUGCCAAUGUGAGUACCGAAGUUUUGAUGAUUAACUAUAAUGAGGAGGUCGAAAUAAGACUCCAAGGGACCAAUAUUGGAGUAGCGGAGAAUCACCCCAUGCAUUUGCACGGCUAUAGCUUUUACGUUGUCGGAAUGGGCGAUGGAAAUUUCAGCGACUCCUAUGUAUCAGAUUAUAAUACAGUGGAUCCGCCUUAUAUUAAUACCGUUGGAGUCCCCAAAAACGGGUGGACAGCGAUCAGAUUCAAAGCCGAUAAUCCAGGAGUGUGGUUCAUGCACUGUCACUUAGAACGCCAUGCGAGCUGGGGAAUGGACACAGUCCUUGUCGUUGGAGACGGGAAGCUAAAGCAUCAGAAGGUGUAUCCGCCGCCCAGUGACAUGCCUCCCUGUACCGUGUCUUAAUCUGGAAGUUGUUUGUUUCGAGUUCAUAACCAGUGCAAGAGGCUAUUGACAUCCCAAUGGCAAUGAAUCAUCUGUGUUUUAUACCGAAGUAUACACUUUUGCAUUAUUCUAAUAAGUUUUGAUUGUAACAUAUGCUUAGAAUCUAAGAAGCAUUUGUUCAAUUCAAAAUAAUGUAUUUUUGUCCAAUAAAGUGAUUCAAAAUAUAUUUUGUGCA